CCGCAGGGCCGAGGAUGCCCAGUCACACGAUGCCCACUCAGGGCUCGUCUUGGCCCGUCCACACAGCCAUAGAACCCUGAAGAUCAAGGCAGAUCAUCCACAGUGUCUGCCCAGAACCGGCUUAUCUGAGGCCUCUUCCACACAGCUGUAUAAAGUCCCACACUGUCUACUUUGAUCUGGGUUAUAUGACAGUGUGGAUUCAGCCCCCUUCCACAUAGCUGAAUAAAAUUCCACAUUAUCUGCUUUGAACUAGGUUAUAUGGCAGUGUGAACUCAGGCCUCUUCCACACAGCCAUAUAACCCAGAAUAUCAAGGCGGAACAAUCCCACAAUAUCUGCUUUGAACUCGGUUUUCUGAGGACUCUUCCAGAUAGACCCCAGUUUCCCAGGAUCAGAUCCCAGACCCGGGAAUGCCCCAGCCACAAAGCGCCCAUUCAGGACUCGCCUUGGCCUGUCCACUCAGCCUUAGAAUAAACAAUAUCAAGGCAGAACACCAACAGUAUCGGCCUUGGACCGGGUUACCUGGAGGUCUGUCCAAACAACUAAAUAAAAUCCUACAUUAUCAACUUUGAACUGAGUUAUAUGGCAGUGUGGACUCAGAUAACCCAGGGCCCUUCCACACAGCCAUAUAACCCAGAAUGUCAUGGCAGAAUAACUCACAAUAUCUGCUUUGAACUGGAAUAUCUUGAGUCCACACUGCCAUAUAUCCCAGUUCAAAGCUGAUAAUGUGGGAUUUUAUUCAACUGUGUGGAAGGGGCCCCAGUUCAAAGCAGAUAUUGUGGGAUUUUCUGCCUUGAUAUUCUGGGUUACAUGGCUGUGUGGAAGGGCCCUGAGUCCACACUGCCAUAUAAUCCUGUUCAAUGUGGAUUUUUUACAGCUGUGUAGAAGGGACCCUUCACACGCUUUUGUGGGCAUUUGUUCCACAGUUUCAGGCAAGUUUUGAACUGCUUUAAGUGGUCGAUGUAGACAGGGCCUCGCUCUUCAGUGGCUUGGUAGCACAUUAGAGACCGAUUCCUCAUCUACGUUGGCUUUGGAGAAAGUGCAGAUUAUACUAGAUAGGAAACCCUGGGAGUGGAAUGGUGAUAACGCAAACUGCAGAAAGCUGAAGCGACCGAACCCAAAGGGUGCUUAGCCUCACCAACUGUUCCUCUUCACCCUGGAAAGAAGUGACUAGUGAAGUGCCAUGCAUAGAAUAGAACAGCUUUAUUUGUCAUUGUGAUAUUGCACAGCGAAAUUACGUGCUUUCCCCGCCGCACACACCACAUAACAACACAUCCAUCCCUCCAAACACACCCCACCACCACCACAGUCCCCAAUGCCAAACCACAGAGUUCAACAUAACCACAGCUCUAGGAUAAAAACUAUCCUUUAAUCUGUUUGUCCCUGUCUUUGUCACCCUGUACCAUUUAGGGUACCUUAUUAGUAUUUAAAACAAUUCAGUUAGAUCCAUAAUAACAUAAAAAAAAACCACAGCCGCCCCUUGUCCAUCUGAGCAUCCUAAUAUUUAGCCUUUCAGGAGGGAAUGGCUCCCACACACUCUUUGGGAAUUUGUAGCACUGUAGAGACCGAAGCCCUAUCUACAUUGACCAUUUAGUGCAGUUUGAGGUUGGCAGCUAGAUCAGACAAACUCCCACAAAAGAGGGUAAAAGAAAGCCCUUAAUGUUCAUUGAUACUCUGGACCUCAAACUGGCAAUAAUCUGCACAUGUUUCUUCGGUACCAGUUUGAAAUUGUUAUUAAAUGGUUAGUGUAGAUGGGGCUUGAGAGAAAGAAGUUGGUAGUGUGAGCUUUGGUCCACAAUUUCUUGCAAGUUGGUCAUUUACCUCAAUUUUCUGCUAGAUCUCAAGAAUAUUAAAUGGUUCAGAAAAAUCAAAGGUUGCCUUAAAAAUAGUCUGGGUUGAACAGAGUAAAAAGUUCAAUGUGGUGCUUUUAUUUGCGAGAAUUAGCCGUAAGGUAACAGUGUCUUUUUGAUGACAAACCAUUCUGUCGAGUUAGUGAAAUUAGUCAUCCACUGGAGUGGAAUUUGUGUUUUGUUUUGUUAGCAAUUUCUCCUAACUGGCUAGGAGCAUAUAAAGAUGAUGAUUUGCACAGUGAAGUCGAUUGGUUUAUUCCCAUGCUCAGGUUUGCUUGUUUUCUUUCUCCCUUUUCCUAAUAUUGAAGCAGCUGCUAAGUUUUGAAAAGUUUUCUGAAAAGUAAUUUGCUGGUGUCCUUUUUUCCUUUUUGUGUAGAGCUUGCUCAAGUCAGUGCUGGUGAAAUGAAAUUUGAUUUAUUUUUAAUGUGUUGACAUUAAUACAAGAGCAUAGCUGGUUAGGACCUACUUCUGUUUGAUUAAGGAGUUUUUUACACUCCAGUGUUGAAAGUGCUGUUAUCCCGCUUCAGCUAUGGUUUCCUCUUAUGGAAUUCUGGGGUUUGUAGUUUUAGUCAGGCCCAAAACCUCUUUGGCUGAAAAUUUGAAAGGUAUCUCCCUUAACUGCAAAUCCCAUGAUCCCACAGGAGGCAGCCAUAGCAGUUAUAGUGUACUGUGAUGAUCUCCUUAGUUAUGUCAACUUGAAAAUACUCACCAGUGCGAUUGAGGAGCACCAGCAGACACAUCUUGUAUAGGUGAACCUUCUGUCAGCAGUGUAUCAUAGUGAUGAUAUAAUUGAUCCAGGGUUUUUAAAAAAACUAAUUUCAAGGACUGUGAAACUGUUUCAAAUUAGCUGCUCUCUUAUGACAUUGGCAACUGUUUCAAAUCAGUAAUACCUCUUUGGAAUCAUCUUUUAAUCAGUUGGAUAAUUUUGGCUUGCAAGGAGCAUCCUUUUUUUUUUUAGGCUCAAGUGUUCCGCAAGUUAUAGCAAUUGUGGGUCAAGUCCAUUACUGACCGAAGAUGUCUCAGGAAUCCAUGGUGGUAUGACAUUUUAGAAGUGAAUGUCUGUCCGAAAAUAGUUGCUUUACUUCUUUCCAGUAUAAUAGGGAUUUAUUUUUGAGACUUGGGUUAAAACAAGUAUGUAUUUUAAAUCAAAAACAUGGCUGUGUAUCAGUAUGCAAAGUGGUAUGGGAGCAACUUAGAGACUGAGAGAAUGAAGCUGGUAGCACAAGCUUUUAUUUUGACUCCUUUUCAAAUGAGGACAGUUCGCUUUGGACUAGAUAAACUUUGUAAUGAUAAUGUUAGACAAGAUUUGUCAUAUGUACAUUUUCUCCUUGUAGUAUUUAAAAAGCACAAUAAUGUUGAGGAAAUAAAUAAAUCAAGCUUCAUAAUGUAACACCUCGAUGUGCCUUUAAAAUGGGAGAUAGGUAAUAGAAUUUGCCCUGAUGAUUUUCUUGGUUGCCCAGUACCUGUUUAAUGUCAUACAUGUCUAUUGGGUUGUUAAGAUAACUGUAUGAUAAUCUUUAAUUUGUUUUUUGUUUAAAUUUAGAGAGCCGAGAAAGUCAUCAGUUUUAAACUAGGUGGUAUUUUAGUGGGAUGCGGUUUGGGAUAGAAUGUCUCUAAGUGCUCUUCCACACAGCCAUGUAACCCAGAAUAUCAAGGCAGAUAAUUCACAAUAUCUGCUUUGAACUGGAUUAUCUGAGUCCACACUGCCAUAUAAUCCAGUUCAAUGUGGAUUUUAUACAGCUGCAUUUGAGAUAAUCUUGAAAUCUCUUAUAUCAAGGAUUCCCUUCUCAGAUCUCAAAGCUUUUUCUUACAUGUGCCUUCUUGAAUAAAGAGUCCACGAAAGACCGCUUUCAGCGUGUCCCAAAGGAAAGAUUCUGAGGUAGAUGGCUUUUUAUUCUGGUGCAACAGUUUAAUGGUUUUCUUUAUAUGCGGUAUCUGUCAGGAGUGUUGGGUUAAACUUCCAGAUUUUAAUGAUUUUGUCAGUUCUUUGAUACUAAGCCUGGUCAGCCCUGGUUCAUACUUGGAUGGGAGACCAGCAACAAAGACUAGGCUAUAUGUUUCAGAGGAAAAAACUGGGGUCUCUAGGCAAGGGUUAUUCAGGAGAGGUUUGUCACUGCCUGCUUCUUAGGCAGAGAGGAUACGAUGUGCCCAAGGCCACUCAUUGAGUUUCCAUGACUGAGUGGGGAUUUGAACCCUGGAUCUCUAUCACUUUAACCACCCCAUCACAUUAACAUGCACACCAUAGCCUCCCAUGCUGUGCAUGGUUGCCAAGCCAUUGCUUCAUAGAAUAAGAACAAUGUUCAAUUCUUGGCUGUAUGUUUUAGUUCUAUCAAUUGGCAAUAUGGAUGAUAGACUUCUACUGAAUGAAGCUCUGACACGACAUCAUGAAGUUUGCUUCCUCCUCUAAUCUGGCUCUGGGCAGGUUGGUUGGGAAAAUCUUUUGAAACCAAUAGAUCCAAGUCAAGUUUAUAGUCAAAUUACUGCCUUAGUUUUGAAACAGGCUGCCAGAAAAUACUUUGAGAUGCUAAAUUGAGUCCCCAAGUAAUUGAGACAGAAUUUGGCAUUGUUUGCUCUCCCAAAAGAUCUCAUCAGGGCAUAUUAAGACUUCUUGGCUAAUUAUGCUACUGUCACUGUUUGUUUUAAUGCAUUGUCUUUAAUGAACCUCCUAUUGUGUUCUGUUGCUUAGCCAGAUAAACAAUUUAAAGCUCAGCAGAAGUGUUUGGAUUUUGGUGGAUUUAGUUCUGUUGACCAGCCAAUGGGACUAAGACUAGAAAUAGGAAGUAGAGACUGUGUGAAGAAAUUGCUCUUCUCCAAAAAUAGUUUGAAUGUUUUGGGUUCGGAAAAAGCUAUUUUCAUAGCUUGUGCACUAAAGCAGCUGGAUGUUAUUAGUUGAGUAAAAUUUUAAUAUUGAUAGAAAAAUCUUAAAACAAAUUCCUGCAGCAGUGAUUAGUAGAUAGCAGCCUGUGGGCUAGAUUCGUCCAUGUGAGGAGUACCCAUCCAGUGCCACGUUCCUAUGCCGGCUCAUAAGCAUGGAUCUUACGUUGGGGAAGCAAGGCUGUUGUGGUCAUGCCCUUUCGUCUGUGAGUUGUGAUUAACAUUAUCCUGGCAUUUAUCUGAGUUGCUUAGAUUUUUCAACAGUCCUGUGCAAAACUGUCUCAGCUAGGAUCUUACAUCGUUGUGUUCUUAAGUGUUAUCUAUAACUACUAGUUUUUGUUCCAGUAUAUUCCAAGUUCCCUUGUUGUUGCUUUCCCAGAUCCAUUGUUGGAUUUUAAGAGGAGCACAGUGUUUUGUUUAAGCCACCAAAUGUCCCCCUUUCUUUGCUAUCUCCAUAUUUUUAAAUAGCAUCAUGAAAUCAACCAAUUUUAAUAGCUGUAUUACUACUCCUAGAAUUCCAGGUAUUGGAAAGAAUUAAAUAUUUUUGUGUAGUUCAUGGUCAGUGGUUGAACAAUAGUAGAGUCAGUGGAGCUAUUAGGAAAACUUGCCAAAAUACCCUUCAUAAGAAUACAGUUCUAACCUGCUAAAGUGGUUGCUAAAGUAGUGAUACCUUUUGGCACCCGGAUAACCACAUUUUUAAACUUUGUUUUAACUGAAAACAAAGACACUAUGUGGUUUAUUUUCUUCCCAAAUUCCCCCAAAAGAUUUUAUAUUUGGUGAACGGAACAUAUUCUUGACAAAAUACUAAGUACAUUGUCUUUUGAUGUUAUGGUUGUCCAGUUUUAGUCUGUGGCUCAUUCUUUAAAAGAGAGUACAUUAAAAGAGUAAUUUCUCAUCUAAGAGUCAGGUAGAAACUGGGAAGGAGAGGCUCAUAACAAUUUUCCACAGUUUUACAAAUAUAGGGCAAGCUGCAUGCAGCAAAGUGGGCAAUCUUGAGUAAGAAUGAAAGCGAAAAAAGAAUUGUUUGAAACUUGGUGUAUAUGCUUCAGAAUCUUGGCCUGGUUUAAUGUUUGAUAAUUAGACCUGACCAUCUUAGUAUUGUGUAUUUGAUAUUUGAGCAUGGGAAUUCAGAGCAUUAUUGAUUUCACCUCUUUUAAAUUUCAGCAGCUUCCCAAGAGACAGAGUGAGUUAGUAAGGAUGCAAAAUAUACCCUUCGCAGGUGUUACAGUCGAGUGAAGGAACAUGGUGUUGGGAAAAGGAAAAGCAGUUACACAUUUGAACAGUUGGAGCAGGUGUUUGGUCAAGGAGGAUGGGAUUCUCAACCUUGCCAACCAGUGCUUAUCAACAGUAGUGGCCUAUACCAAGAGCUUGAGUCAGAUGGCAGUACAAUGGAGGAGUACUCACAGGAUGAAUGGGGGAACCAUAGUCAGGAGCUUCAUUGCUACCAGUCAGGAGACCAAGAAUUGGAUGAGAUCCCUACUAUGAAAAAAUCAUUGAAGAUAAAGCAAGAAUCUUCUGAAGAAUCACAGAAGCGUGAUAUGAUGCAGAAUAUUGUACAGAUCUUGGAAUCCGUCCAGUUAAAGUGGGAACUGUUUCAGAGCUGGACAGACUUCUCUAGGCUCCAUCUUUCUAACAAACUGGCCAUAUUUGGCAUUGGCUAUAAUACACGGUGGAAAGAGGAGAUUCGAUACCACUAUGCUGAGAUCAGUUCCCAAGUUCCCCUUGGCAAACGUCUCCGGGAAUAUUUCAACUCAGAGAAGCCAGAGGGCAGAGUAAUCAUGACCAGGGUACAGAAAAUGAACUGGAAGAAUGUUUACUAUAAAUUCCUAGAGAUCACUAUUAGCGAGGCCCGGUGCCUGGAGCUUCACAUGGAAAUUGACUGGAUACCUAUUGCUCAUUCCAAGCCAACAGGUGGGAAUAUUGUCCAGUAUUUAUUACCUGGUGGCAUUCCAAAAAGCCCUGGUCUGUAUGCCAUUGGAUAUGAAGACUGUCAUGAGAAACCACAGUCUCCUGUCCAUGAAGUCAUCACUCAAGACCCUGAAAACGAGACUCUGGGGGAAGUGGAAAUGCCCUUGACACAAACCUCCCUCAAAGUGGAGAUGCAAUCUACGCGAAUCAUAUAUUGUUACCUUGGCAUUGCUGAGGUUAGGACUCUCCAGCAGUGCUUGUUCUUACACUUUCAGGCAAAUACCAAAACCUUCAGCAAAGAGUGGGUUGGGAUCAAUGGAUUUUUAUCUCAGAACUGCAUUGUAGACCCAGGGAUUUCUCCCAAGUCCAUCUACAUCAAAUUCGUGGAAGUGGAAAGGGACUUCCUUUCUGCAGGCUCAUUGGUAGAGUGCCUGGAAAAAGCCAUUGGGUACCCCUUGAAAUUUAACAACUGAGUUUCAUCCUUCAUAAGGAUCAGGGCUUUGACUCCUGUGUGGCAUUUGGGAUGAAAUAAGCCUUUGUAAAAGAACGUGAACAACAACAAAAUCAUACUUGGAGGCGAUUUUACAAAAAGUGUUUCCCAAGUCUGUAAAAUAUACAGCUUAUUUGCUUGGGCCAAUCAGCGGGUUUUGUAAAGCAAAGACUUUGAAAGGGAGCCUUGUAAAUAUAGUGACUGUUGGUACAUUCCACAUCGGACAAGCAUACACUUUACGUUUCAUACAAAAAACUGUUUUCCACAAUGUCUCAUUUUUACACAUCUGUCUCUAUAUGUGUUAUUACGAUUAUGUAAUAAAUAAGCAAUAGAUCAUGGCAGGUUUAAAAUUGGAGUCACACGAGACUGCUUUUCAGUGCCACUUUUAACCUCUCUUGUAUAUAAGUUAGCAUUUCACACUUUUUCAACCAUCAAGUGUUUUUUACUAUUUCCAACCAGUGUUGCCUGCAAAAUACCUUAUGCUUCUGUGAUAUAUCCCACUUUCCUAGUAGUGUUGCCAUAUCAACUUUAUUUUUGUUUUGUUGGUUUUUUUGUUACAUUAAAGUAAUUCUGGUCUUUUUUUUUUUUUUACAAAAAAGGUCAUCCUUUUUGUGUGGCAGUGAAAGUAACUCAACCACUGGGAAAUGUUUAGUCAAACCAUGCUUUUUAUUACAUGCAAUCAAAGCUGUGAGAAAGGGGUGGGACAGGGUGGGAAUGGGAAAGUUGUGGGAUCCGGGUUACUAAGCAUUUUUAAUGCCGCGUCAAAAUGUCACUAUAUAAACCCCAUUAUGCUGCUGGCAAGUUCCAGAUUUUUUUACAUUUCUUUUUUUAAAAAACUUCAUUGAUCCGUGGAAGUUGUGACAUAACAAUGAAUGUGUCAGUCCAAAUAAAAGCAAGCAAAUCUGUC